AUGUCUGGACUUGAGAUCGCUGGUCUUAUUCUGGGAGCAAUUCCAGUUGCGAUUGAAGCACUCAAGACGGGGAGUCAAGGAAUAGCGAUACUCCAACGAAGCCGCAGGUACGAGAAUGAAUUGGAGAGGCUGAUCAACAGGCUCGAGAAUGAACGCGUAAGGCUUGAAGAUGUGUGUGAGAAAGUUCUCGUUGAUCUUGUGCCUCACUCGCGAUUAGAGGAGAUGAUCCAAGACCCUGGUCGCAUGUUCAACGAUGACCCAGAACUUAAAGCCAAACUUCAAAGGCGAUUGUGGAAAGGCUUUGAUCUCUUCGAUCAGACUCUGAAAGAUAUCAACGCUGCCAUGAACGAGGCUAUAAACCGUAUUAGUCUCCAGGUCCAAGAUGAGUUCAGCAUCAGAAGGUCACUCAGACACUCUUUCCUUGACGAUUUGUUAUCUCGGAUCAAUGAAGGGGUUUCGGUCCUCGAGCAACUCGUGGAUAGGAGCAUACAACUCGAGCCAGCCAGAAAGAUGCGCUUCCAAGGCAAAUUCUUGUGCUACAUGCGGGGCAUGGCAUCUGAGCUCUUUGCUGCCUUACAAGCAGGCUUUGGCUGCCCAUGCGAGCAUCACAUUGGUUUGCAGUUGGAGAAACGAAGAUCGGAUAUUGUUCCGGACGAUAUCGAGCAUGAUAGUCUCAUCGGAGGCGCCGAAUUUCGUCUCUCUCUCUCCUAUCAAGAAUCCAGUGCGAGCCCUGCCGCUCCAUCCAGUCAUGCUACAAAAUGGUCUGAUGUGUUGGUCAAACCAACGCCUGCAGCGAGCUCGCACGCCAUGGCACAAACCUUGCGUUCGAGAUUCGAAAAGCGCUUGCAAUCUACAGGAUCGAUUAGGCACUCGACAUUCAAGGGAGGCUCGUUUUCAACACUCACCAACUCGACUCAUCCCCCAGGCAACUCACAAGAGGUCGAGAUGGUAACACGCGAGGAACAUGUGCCGGCUACCAAGAUCUUAGACCUUUGUGGAAUCAUUAGACAGCCUUUUGUGCGACCAUCAGAAAACUGCUUUGGGCUUAUAUCCAGCACGCUACUUCCCAAGAAACACACAUAUGAUGUGUAUCCGAUUGUUGGGAGCAAAUACAGAGAGCGUUGCGGCAGAACCAUGACAUCGUUGUACGAAGUCCUUGGGCAAAACCAACGACACAUGAUCCUAUCAGAACAUGACAGACUGAAACUGGCCCUGCUUAUAGCUUCAAGUCUCCUCCAGCUUUACGGGAGUUCAUGGAUGCCCAAAGUCAUUCGCAGCCAAGAUAUUUACUUGAUCCAAGGCUCAGAUGAUCCUAUCUGUGAUCGCUUUUUUGUCUUGCAGAGCUUGCCGCACGUAAAGGUAUCCGUUGAAGAAGAGCAUCACGAGUUAACUUCGAUGAGGAAUCAACCGCUAUUUUAUUUAGGCGUUCUUCUGAUAGAGCUUGCUUUCGGGAAACCACUUGAACUCCUUCGAAGUGAGCGGGACAAGUCAAGCAUCGGGUCUCAGUUUUUUACAGACUAUAGAACCGCAAAGCGAUUGAUGGACAAUGUCACUAGCUUUUUGGGGCCAAGUUAUGGGAGUGCAGUCUCACGAUGUAUUGAUGGCGAGUUUCACAGCAGCGAAGUCGGGCUCGAGGACAGUAAUCUGUCUCAUGAUGUUUACACAGGAGUUGUGAUGCUUUUAGAGAAGAGCAUUGGAGAUCCGCUUGUCUAA